AUGUCCUUUCUUUAUACAGGCUUGUCUUGUCUUACUUCGUUGGGUCUGGGAAUUGCCGAGACAUGGCUCUUAAUUAGUAGUUUUUGUGAUGUGGGAUUGGCACCAAGUUUUGGUGAAAUCGCUGUUGUCGAUAUUAUCAUCGAUGUGCCGAUAUUUGUUGGUUUUUGGGUUUUGUCAAUGUUCGUUGCAUGCUUUGAGACGUGGGAUCGUCACCAA